AUGUUUUUUUCAGAACUGGAAUUCACGGGAACUGUUGUUAAAGACGGCAAAACCAUUCCAUGGAAGGCCGAGUAUGAAUCGAGUACAAGUGCUGAAUACAAUGAGCUGCAAACAGAACUGUGUACGAGGCUUACCACCGCAUUGAACUCCAAAUACAAUGUGGAUGGAUGCGUUUUGGCUAACGUAAAGAAGGGAACCAUUGCGGCUCUGCGAAUCCGUUUUGCAAGAAGUGUCGAUAGCCUAAAGGAUGAAGUAAUCACCGUGGAAGCAACAACGAAUUUGACUUUGGCUAAUGAGAAUCUGUCGGCGGAGGAAGUCCUCGAAACUUUCAAAAAGGCUGGUCAACAAUCUGGGCUGACGUACGGUAGAGAUGUUAAAGCCAAAGUCAUUGGAGAUUCAGGUAAUAUUGAUUUCCCAUCAAUGGGUUGUCUGCUCCGCUGA